AAAGUAAGUUUUCUAAAGGCCGUUGUGAUUGUAGGAGUAUCGGCUAAAUCUCAUGAGAGGGAGUUGCUAGAUUCUGCCCUCGGAGGGUUUGUGGUUUUGUUGUCUUUGAAUGGCAAGGUCAUCUUCACCACUAAGGGUGUAACUACACACACUGGAAUUAACCAGAUGGAUUUGAUCGGGAGGAGUUUGUUUGAGUUCUUGCAUCCAUGUGAUCAGAUGGAGGUCAAAGACAUUCUCACGAGGCUGAUCGGAAACCGAGAACAGCAAGAUUGUGAAGUGAUCUUCAGAAUAAAAAGUCUGAUGAACCAGAAGCUGACUCCUUGGAAAAUUAUUCAGUGUACUGGAAAGAAAAAGUCACCUGCCACACCUGGAUCCAGUUGUCUAGUUCUUCAGUGCAGGGUUUUGCCCAUGCAGGAGAUAAUUGAACUGAAUGCAGCGCUGAAUAGGAGUACGUUUAUGAGCGUACACAGCCCAGACAUGAAAUUCACCUACUGCCACUCAAGGGUUGUGAAGUUGCCCGGCUUUUGUGACACAGAGCUGUUGGGCCAGUCCGUGUACCAGUACUAUCAUCCAUCAGACAGCCAGCAAAUCCGCAAGGCUCACGUUUACUUUUUCACUUUGUACCUUUGUAGUGGAGUGGAGCACUCCGAUUUGUCAUAUUUGCUGAAGCAGACAGAACAACUUCUGAAACCAUGUGAAUCCCAGCCUGCCCCUUUUCCACUGACUGCAGCCCAGCAAGACAAUAGCAGCCUGAAAACCAAAUCAAAUGAGCACAAUAUUCCUACAACACCUCUAAACCAAAGAGAGGGUGACAUACAGGAAGUUCAGGACUGUACAGAGAUCACACAUAACACAGAAGAGUGCUGCAAUUUCAAUUGUGAUCUGUGCGAGUUAGACUUGGACAGUCUGGCUCCAUACAUUCCAAUGCACGGAGAGGACUUCCUGCUAAAUCCCAUUUUAGAGGAGACAGACGACAGCACCGAACUAAACAUGUGUGAACUAUCAUUCAAUA